GAGUACCGGAUAAGGCAUUCUCAUGUCUCAUCUUCUCCAGUUCUCCUUCGUUUGCAAUUUCGACGAGCCCUCGACCUGGCCCUAGCGGGGCUCGAUUCGUGUACACGCGGCGCGCACGAGCUCCUCCGACUGCUGGUUCGCCAGUGCGGUGGCCCUGGCUGCUCGGUCUGCUCCCCCAACAGUGGUUCCUUCACUGCUUGGGUUUGGCGGGGUCCGCGUGCCUCGUUUGCGUUUCCGGCGGGCAUGGCUGCAGUUUGGAGCGGCUGCAGCACAAGCCGGGGUUGCUUCAGCCAGGAACUGCCUCGGCGUAGCGGCGAGGGCACAGGAACCCGUCCAAGGAAUGGAGGCGAUGCCCGGCGGGUAAGCAGCAGCAUGGUGAUGGCGGGAGGAGUUUGUGUUUGCAGAGCGGCUCCGUGUGUACUUGAAUCUGAUGUCACCGGCAAGGAGGAGGUUGUCUUGGGGAUUUUGGGCAUGGGUGAUGAACGACCUGGUACUGGUGGUUCCGAUUAUCACAAGAGGCACGGGCUCCGGCGGCGGCCAGCGAGGCCAGCCGUGGUGGAAAAGGACCCGGCGCGCGCGAGAAGUGUGCCGCCGGCGUCAGUUUUGGAGUCACCAGAUAAAUUUGUGCAUGAAGGAUCAAGGCUGCACUUCCUGGAAGAGAGGGAUGAGGAAAUUCUGUCCAGAAGGUUGAUAAAUCUCAGCAAAUCCAACAAGGUCAGGAGUGCCACAGAGCUGUUUGAUUCAAUGCGCGCAUCUGGUUUGCAGCCUAACGCUCAUGCCUGUAACUCUCUUUUGGCUAGUUUUGUCCGUAGAGGUUAUUCUACAGAUGCAAUGAAGAUGUUUGAGUUCAUGAAGGGGAAAGGAUUGGCUACUGGGCAUACAUAUACCUUGAUACUCAAGGCUGUUGCAUCUACUGAGGGCUAUGUUUCUGCCUUGCAAAUAUUCAGUGAGAUUGAAGAGGGGAAGGAAUCAAGAGGAACGCUUGAUGUCAUUGUCUACAACACAAUGAUAUCUGCCUGUGGAAGAGCAAAAGACUGGAGGCAAGUGGAGAAACUGUGGAGAAGGCUAGUGGAGAACUCUAUAAGUGGAACCUUGAUGACAUACGAUUUGUUGGUUAGCACAUUUGUGCAAUGUGGACAAUCUGAGUUAGCCAUUGCUGCUUACCAGGAAAUGCUCCUCAAUGGGCUUAAUCCAAGUGAAGAUAUAAUGAAGGCCAUUAUUGCUUCAUGCACCAAAGAAGGGAGGUGGGAGUUUGCACUGGCCACAUUUAGGAGAAUGCUGAGUGCUGGCAUGAAGCCCAAUAUCAUUGUGUUUAAUUCGAUUAUCAACUCACUUGGGAAGGCUGGUGAAGAUGAACUUGCCUUUAGGAUGUACCAUCUUCUAACAUCUUCAGGACUCGAGCCCGAUCAGUAUACAUGGAGUGCAUUACUGUCAGCGUUAUAUAGGUCUGGUCGAUGUUGGGACGCCCUAGAGCUUUUCCAAGGAAUUAAAUCCAAGCAUUCAUCAGUCUUAAACAGUCAUCUCUACAACAUAGCUUUAAUGUCUUGUGAAAGACUUGGUCAGUGGGAGCAUGCUUUGCAAUUGUUGUGGAUGAUGGAAAAAAACGAACUGCAAAUCUCAGUGGUUUCUUACAAUCAUGUGAUACGUGCUUGUGAGGUUGCUUGCGAGCCAAAAGUUGCUCUGAAAGUGUACCAGCGUAUGACUCAUGAAAGGUGCUCGCCAGACACCUUCACACAUUUAUCUGUUAUAAGAGCUUGCAUCUGGGGAUCUCUUUGGAACAAAGUAGAGGAUAUAUUGGAGGAGGUCGAGCCAGAUUCUUCGAUCUACAACACAGUCAUCCAAGGGCUUUGUUUGCGAGGCAAGAUCAGAUUAGCUAGGAAGGUGUACACAAAAAUGCGGAGCAUUGGGCUGAAACCAGAUGGCAAGACAAGGUCGUUCAUGCUGCAGCACAUUGCAGGAGCGGAGUAGCCCUCCUGAGUCCUGACUGAGGUUCCGGGACACAUACCAAACAGAGGUCAUGGUGAGGCUGGAACAUCUGUAAACGAAAGGGGAUGAUGAGAAAGAGGCAUCAUAUAUUAUAGAAUCGAUUUUGUCGCUGAGAUUUACUAUGUUCAUACUGGGGGUCACUCCAGAUGCUUCGAUCUACAACAUAGUCAUCCAUGGGCCGAGGCAGGAUCAGAUUAACCAGGAAGGUGCAGACAAAAACACGGAGCAUCGGGAUGGCACAAGAUGGCCAGGCAAGGUCGUUGAUGUUGCAGUUGCGGCACGUCGCUACAGCAGAGGAGCCCUCCUGACUUGACUGUUAAGCACUAGCUGGCUUAUAGUUGUACAGAUCCAAGUGCGAAAUCGCAUAUGUAACCUACUGUAACUAUGCUCAGUGCAGUACUGACCUUAAUGUGUGCUUUGUAAUAAGUCCAUAUUCUUCUAGUUUGUGUCUAUUCUGUUAUCCUAUGGUCCUCUGUUCUGUAGGUAAUGCACGUGCAAAGUUUCUGACAGAAAAUCGCAAAUUGCAAUUGAGAAAGAGAAAAUCUUGGCUGCUGGGAUC